AAUAGAAAUCGAAAACCCUCUAACUCCAAAAGUCCAAACCCUAGUUUUAGUUGGAUUUGUAUAUUAAUCAUUAAAUUUUAGACACACACAGACUCCUCUCUCUCACCACUCUGUUCCUCUGUCUUCCCCACCACCUUCGUAUUCACCAAUACUCGACUCUCUCUCUCCCCUCGCUCUUUCUCGAACCUUCUCGAUCUGCAAAAGCCCUAACUUGACAAUUUGAGCACCACUCUUCCGAACCCCCAAACCCCAGCAGAUUGGGAAUCCGUAAUUUGCUUCAAUUUUCAGGUCAAUUACAAUCCCCCAACAUAUAACCCUAUUCGCGUUCUGCUGGGCGUUUUGAUUCUUCGAGCUUUGUUCGUCAAUCACUCAAUUGGGGUUUGGAAUUUUGGUACUUGGCAGCUUUUAAAGUGUUGGGCAGCCGGGGAGGAAGGAGGAACGAGCUCUAAUUACGAUUUUGCCCUCGUGAUCUGGGUCGCUACUAGUUCGAGAGCAAUUCGGGAUCCAUGUCAGAGUUGUUAGUGGGCCACCACUUCAUGAAACAUUGACCCAUGGAUCCUGAAGGAACAAAGUUUGGACGAGGACCAAAAGAGUUGACUGGUGCUGUAGAUCUCAUUAGUCACUACAAGUUACUUCCCCACCAUGAGUUUUUCUGCAAGCGAUCACUUCCAGUAUCAAUAUCAGACACACACUAUCUUCACAAUGUGGUGGGAGACACGGAAAUCAGAAAAGGAGAUGGGAUGCAGUUGGAUCAACUUAUCCAGAGUGCAUCAUAUCCCCGGGAUACGAAACCACGCAUACAGCCUUUUGACCUAGAUACUCUCAGAGAGGCUUUCCAUCUUAGAGAAACGGCUCCUAUUGAUCUGCCACUUGCAGAUAAGGGGACUCCGACUAUUGCAGGGAAAUCAAAGAGUGAGUCUAAAGACAAGGAGAAGAAACACAAAAAGCACAAGGACAAAGACAAGGACAAAGAGAAGGAUAAAGAGCACAAGAAGCGUAAACACCGUCAUAAAGAUCGAAGUAAAGAUAAAGACAAGGAUAAGAAGAAGGAUAAAGGUGGGCAUCAUGAUCCGGCCGGUGAUCACUCAAAGAAACAUGAAAAGAAAAGGAAACAUGAUGGAGAUGACGAUCUUAAUGAUGUCCACAGACACAAAAAAAGUAAGCAUAAGAGCUCAAAACUUGAUGAAGUUGGUGCAAUCAAGGUAGCUGGCUGAAAUGAGGGGAUAUUUUAGUAAUUUUGUUUUCUUCAAAUGGUUGUCGUGCAUAGUCUGGAGGGGUCUUUCACCUGAUUUUGUGUUUCUUGAGAAUAACUUCUGAACUGACUAAAGAUUGUGACGAAGGUGAAUUCACCUGCUGAAAAAAAUGUGGAUUAAAGGUAAAAGGUAGUGAAAGUGAACUUCUUUGUAUAAUUACAAUGAUCUAAUAUGACUGCCAGUAGUUUGCAAACAACUAUGCUAUUCUGUUUUCAUGGCACAUUGGAUAUGGUACUAUGUCCAUGGUAUUACUGUAUUUUAGCAUUUUUUAGAAGUCCAGAAUUUAUAAUUUGAGGGAGAGUUUGUACUUUGUAGCUUCCAGUUGUAGGGAAAAAUAGGUUUAGGAAGAGAUUGUACAUAUGAUUCCUUUUGUUCCUGUUUUGUUGUUUCAACGGCUAAUGCCUAGGCUUCUGUUCUCACCUAAAUUCUAAUUGGUAUCAGUGAAAUAUUCUUAUGGAAAA